AUGGCCAUGGCGAAUGCUGACACCUACAAUCGCGCGGUGGAUCCGACGAUACCGGUACUGAAGGGUGAGACGCUGAAGGAUUUCACCAGGUACAAGUGGGCGGUGCAGACGGCCGAGCUGGGAUGCGAGUCCAAAGAGCAGAGGAUCGCGCUCGGGCCCAAGCUGUACCGCAACCUCCUCGGCGCGGACAACUCGAUCAGUGUUCCGAUAGAGCAGACGGACCCGAAAGACGAUGCAGUCGAGAAAAAUGCCGAAAUGCUGCUCAAAUUCUUGGAGGCCAAACGCUUCGCCAAGAACAGUUUCCGCGAGCUGCCGAAGGCCUUCGACGCGUUCUUCGACCUGACGUACUUCGAGCGCAAGGGUGAAGAGCCGAUGGCAGCACUCUGCACCGCCAUGGAGGUGGCGAAGCGGAACCUGGAGGAAGUGGACCCGGACACGAAGAUAAGCUUGAACGAGCUAGGGUACCACACUCUGAAUCGAAGCGGACUGGACAAGGACGAGCGGAACCUGAUGAUAGCGAGGGCAGAGGAGACUUUCAAUUUCACGAAGAUCUCGACUACGCUCAAUAAUCUCUUCCCUCGCGGCGGCAACAAACACCGAGGACAGAAUGCGAGGGCGGGCUGGCGCUGGACGAUAAACGUGCAUGACGGCGAGCCCAGACAUGCAGAUGAAGGAGACGCGCACUGUGAUGACGGCUACUGGUACGAGCGGGGCGACGAGCGUGGCGUCUACGCGUGUGCUGACGAUGAGGGCGAAGACGCGGACUGGGACAGUAGUCAUCUGUUCAACAUCGAGGAUGACACCGACGCGGCUGGGGAGAGCUCCGGGAAGGGCAGAGGCAAGGGCACGGGCGGCGGCAAGUCCAAGGACAAGCGAUGCGGCAAGUGCGGCAGGAUGGACCACGCCACGUCCGAGUGCCCGACCGAUGGCUCUCCCAGGAAGCCCUCCAAGGGCAAGGGCCGCGGCAAAGGGUCGAAGCCAGCCAAUCGUCAACGACGGCUCGGGUUCGUUCUGGGCGACGAGUGGCCUGGCCUGCGCGGUGCCGUCAUGCAGGGCAUUGCCUGCGCGAGCGGGCAGCCCGAGAAGGUUUACGACAUCAUGAUGGUGAAUAUGGACAGCGAUCCGAUCGUGCCGGAAAGGCUGGAGCUCGAGGUGAUGAUCUCAAGCGACGUCAUGCCGGCUUCCUGGGUGGACAGCGGGGCCUCGAUUGCAGUGGCAGGACGCGGAUGGCUCGACCGCGUCAAGGCUGACAUUGCGAAGUAUGGCCUCAAACCCAUCAAGAUGGAGGCUCGCCAGAAGCUCACGGGACUCGGCGGAGCACGACGUGAGUCAAAGCAGAAGUGGACCAUCCCGGUCGGCAUUGGGAAGAAGCAUGUGCUGCAGGAGUACUUCGAGAUCACUGGCGACAUGGUCGGCCUGACGAGCAGGAAAGACAUGGCCGAGUGGAAGACGAACCUCUACAUGCGUGAGGACGGCCACUGGUCGGAUUUCCAGGAGCUCGGGGUGCAUGGCACGGAGCUGGUGAAGCUACCUGGCGGGCGCGCAGGCCUCGACCUCUUCGACCACGACCUCAAGUCGUGCGAGUCGGAGCCCCUCUUCGAGAGGAUUCGCGUUGAUGAGAUGCAGCCGGAGCCGGAUGCACUCCCGGUCGCGGAGACGCUGCAGGAGUACGAGCUGGGCUUCCAGGUGAAGGAUCACGCCGACUGGUGGGUCGCAGAGGCUUUGAAGAACGGCAGCAAGGGCGUCUUCAAGAAGGGCACGCUCAAGCGGAUCGACAAGCUGAUGAAGACUCAGUCGGAUUUCCUGUUCCUGAUAAAGACCUUCGAGCCUUGGAUGGUCUCGGUCGCGUUCCCAUGUACACUUUUCUCGAACAUGCAAGAGUUUCAGCAUGCUCAGGGCAUGGGCGACCGGGUGGGCGAUCUGAUCGAGGAGUUCAAGCCACUGGUCGAUUUCUCGGCCAAGGUGCUUCGGACUCCGGCUGAAGGCGGACGUAUCGGCAUCGGCGAGAACCCUCUCACGAGCCGCGCAUGGAACGAGGAGCCGAUCAUGGACUUGUUGAGCUGGCGCGGCGAUCGACCUCCACUGUACGAGAUGGUCACGCUGCACCAAUGCAUGUUCGGACUGACGGACGACUACGGGACCCCGAUCCGGAAGGCUGUUCCCCUACCUGGCGGAGCUGCGCGGCGCACAUACGCUAUGCGCACUGACAAGGGCGUGCUGGCCGACUUUUCCGACGCCUACGCGGACGACCCUAGCUUCGCGACGGUCGAGCUAGCCACGAGGUACCCGACCGACUCGGCGGUCGCGACCUCCGUGGAAAAGCCGAAGGUGCAGACAUCCUUCCCUGCGACGGUGCCUCUACUCGGCAGCCGUCCGGAAGCGUUCGAGCCAGGCGAUCGCGAAGCAGACGCAGCACAUCGAGAUCUACAUCGUGAAGGUGAAAGCUUCGGCGACGAGCUUUCGGACAUCACCGCGGCUCAGUGGGGCGCUCUCAGGAAGCUCCACCUGGACCUGAGCCACCCGUCGGCCCACGCUCUGAAGCGACGCCUGCAGUCCUACGGGGUGUCGCAGAAGGAGCUCGGCAGGCCCAACACCACGAGGUCAGCCAACCUGAAGCUCUCGACGGAGUUCAACGAGAACGUGUUUCUGGACGAAGCCAUGGUGAUUCUCUCAGAUAAGACACGGUUGAUGGUUAUAGUGAUCCUGGACGACGCGUCGAGCUUCAGGGUCAUCAUUUCUACUACGGCAGUGCGGUCCAUCACGGGCGAGGAGAGCCUUCGCUGCUUCUCGCAAGGAUGGGUCUCGUGGGCCGGCCCUCCGAAGGUGCUCUACUACGACGCCGCGAAGGGCCACAUCACGCAGCGGUUCGCGGAGAUCGGCGAGGAAUACAACAUCCUGAUGAGGCCGGUCCCAGCCGCGGCGCCUCAGCUCAAAGGGAGAGUGGAGCGGGCCAUCGACUUCUUCAAGGACCACUUCCAGCGCCUGAACCGCGACGUGCAGCUCACCAAAAGCGACGACCCAUCUGUUUGGACUUCGGUGAUAGCGAGUACGUGCAACAACCACGUCCGGCGGAACGGCUUCACGCCCUAUCAGUACGUACUGGGGCGAUCGCCCCACGUUCCGGCAUCGCUGGUCGAGGCGAUGGAGGGCGACCAGAGGCAGCUGGCAGUGCAGAGCGCAGCUCUCUUCGAGGACGGCCCCAGGAGGGCCGAGCAGAUUCGCGCUGCGGCGAACCGGGCGUUCUUCGAGCUGGACAGCGACGACGCCGCGAGAAGGGCCACUGUUGAUCGAAAUCGCCCGCCGCGCGGGCCGUUCGUGCCGGGCCAGCUGGUGUUCUACUGGCGCGAGGUGCAGCACGUGAAGUCGAAGCGGUUCCAGGGCGAGCACGGGUGGCGUUAG